AUGUUCAGGGACGAUGCUCCGAAAGGCGGAAGGCGGGUGCGGUGGUUCGGAAGAGAGGAUCCAGGCUCUGGAGAUCCUCGGUCUAAUGGACGACUAGGCUCGGCGCUCGUCGAACUUCCCAUCGCCCUUUCGGUCCCCCCCCUCGCACGCUUCCCACUGCAGAACAUAGGGUUGUUUUCUAUCGGCAUCUCAUCGGAGCAUAUUCAAGACGUUAUUCCUGCUCAUUUGACCUUCUAUUUCGUCGAGAAUGCGCGUAUUGAAGGAUGCGAAAGAGUCGGGAUUGGGACGGCAAGAUGA